AUGGCUUCAGCAAAUCAACAGCACCAACCUCAAGAUGGAGUUCCAAGAGUCUCCAUAGACGUUCCUAGUGAUGAUCCACUAUCAAAAGUCACAAAGGCAUAUCUCAAUCCUAAAACCAAAACUUCCAAUUCCACAUCUGCUUCAACAAACCCAUACUCCCAUAUAAGCAACUAUUCUCAUGAAGCUACAACAGUCCCUCCUUAUGUUCUAUAUGGUAUAGCAAACUCUGCAAAGCAGCAAGAUUCCAGAAAGGGUUACACUAAUACAAACCAUAUCGGUCAAACCGUUCAAGAUCCUUUCAUUUCAUCAUUAAAUAACAAUUGGGGCACUUUUUUCCAAACUGUUGAUUCAACUCCAGCAUAUGCAGAAGGAGUUUUAAAUCAUGACACUGAGGCAUUGAAAGGAUUGCCAGAUUUAUCAGGCAAAUGGGGUGGUGACGAAAGAUUGAAACACUAUUUAAAUAAUCAAAGUUCAUAUCCAGACUCAAAUCUUUCAGAGAAGAAAUGGUAUCAAAAAACCUCAUCAAAAUCAGAUCUGAGCUCAGAUGAUAAUGAUUACUCUAAAACAAGAUCAAAGGCUGGUUAUUGGAUGUCUACAGAAAGAAGAGAUGAAUGGAAGCCAACACUCAAAAGAUUGUUUUUAUACAAUAACUACAUUCCAUUAUUUUUCAGAAUUUUUAUCAUUAUUUUAAGUAUUGUUGCUUUAGCACUUUCGGCAGAUAUAUUUAGACUGUCAAGAAAAAGAGUUCGUUAUUCAAAUGAUGAAACGGGAACAAUUACACAACAACCAAGUACAAUCAUGGCAAUUUGUGUUCAAAGUAUUGCAAUGGUUUAUUUGAUCUAUAUCACAUGGGACGAAUUCAAUGCAAAACCUUUAGGCAUCAGAAACCCACUUGCCAAAAUCAGAUUAAUCUUAUUAGACUUAUUAUUCAUCAUUUUCUCAAGUGCAAACUUAUCAUUGUCUUUCAAUACUUUAUACGAUGGAAGAUGGGUUUGUCAAAUUGAUGAAUAUUCAAUGUACCCAAAAGUUGAAUCCAUUUGUGAUAAACAAAGAGCAUUGGCUGCUUUCCUUUUCUUGGUUUUAGUCAUGUGGGUAUCAACAUUUACCGUCAGUAUAUUAAGAGUGAUAGAAAAGGUUUCGUCGCCUGGUUUAUGA